GUGCUUAAUUGACUCUUCAGUAUCUGCAUCUUCUCUCCUUCUCAAUUGACUUUAUACUAUCCAUUCUUCAUGCUUAUAGGAUUGAUUUCCAUCUUUUGACUCCUCGGAUGGAAAUGCUGUCUUGGAUUUUUUGCGUACAAUCUUGAUAGUGCUUCUGGUACUUGCUGCGAGAAAGUUUCCAAGCAGGCCUGUGGUGGAAAAAAAGAAGGCCAUGGCUAAAUCGCAUGGAAUCAUUUAUUCAGCUGCUCAGUCACCGCAACACCCUAAAUCAUGUGGUACAAAUCAUGGAGUGGAGCUCAGGCAGCAGAGCAAUGGACAUCUCUUGAUGUUGAAAUCCAAAGUUCCAAAUAAGGGGUUGUGGCACAUAUGUCUGAAACUAAGAAACGCUGUUGUGUCCCGAGGAUCAUCUUUACCAUGUCGCUCAACUGAACUGCGUAAUGCUGAAACCACUGAAUGUGUUAGACACAAUGGUGAUAGUUCGGGCACAUCUAGAGCACAAGGCGAAAAUGAGCAUCCUACUAAACCUGAGAAAAUUAUUCAUUCAACUCAGGGCUUAGCUGAAGCUUGUAAAUUUGUUCACAAUGAUGCAAAAUAUGUUAAUGAAAGGGCGCGGAGUGAUAUUGUCAUGCUUUCUCGUGGCAUAAUGAGAUUGGAUGCUCGUGCCCGCCAAGACAUUGCUAUUCUUAGUUCAGAGUUUCUUAAGCUUGAUGCUCGGGCUCGAGAGGAUACCGAGAAAAUAGACCAUAAUGUGAAGAGAAGAGCUGAAGGUCUUCAUCAGAUUGCAACUAUUUUGAAGAACAAAGCUCAAUCUAAAUUGAAAACUGUCGCUGAUCGACAUUGGAGUGAUGGAGCUUUAGAGGCCGAUUUGCGGCGAGCCGACUUCUGUGCCAAGCAGCGUGCAAUGGAAGAUGCCCUUUUGGCUUUGGAGUUUAUCAAAAACAUCCAUGACAUGAUGGUGAGCAAGAUGUACAAGUUUCCAUACAGGAAAAAAGGUUCUCUAUCUACAAAUGACAUGGCAGGGCGUAUAACACUUGAAAAGAAUGGGAAAACUCUUGCCUUCUUCCCCUGGGGAGUAUCUACGGAUGGCAUUGCUGUAAUUCAGGAAGCUUACUGGAGCAUAGCAUCUGCACUCUCGGAAGCUGAUGGAAUUGACUAUACUGAUCCUGAAGAGCUUGAGUUGUUGGUUACAACACUCAUCAACCUUGAUGCAAUGGAUGGUAAAAGUAGUGUAUCAUUACUGGCAGAGUGCUCGAGUUCUCCUGAUGUGAAUACUAGGUAGCUUUUCUCUUCACUACUCAAAACAUCUCUUUUAUCCUUAUAAUACAACAUAUUCUAGAAUGGGAUUAUAUCUUGAGUCUUGUGUUACAGUUCAAUUUUUUCCGCUUUUUCUUUUCUACUUUUAGGUUAUGAGUAUGGAUUAAAAUGAAUGAGCAUAUAUAUCUUACUCGUCAAAGAGUUUCUCCAGCCUGCUGCUUGUAACUGGCAUCCGAAAGGAAAUUUUUUCAUGCAGUUACAAAAGUAUUCUUCAGCCUACUGGUUGUAACUGUGCAUCAGAAUGGAAAUUUUAUUAUGACACAACUACUUUGCCCCAAGGUGCUUAUAGUAAAGACCAACCUCCAAAAGUAUAUGCAACUUGAAUUUUCAGAGUUGUGUUCACUGAAGUGAUAAAUUUCAGAAACUUGAAUAGUAAUUCAUGAUUCCUAUGAGAAAAAAUUGGGCUGUUCUUGUAUUAUGAUUGUGUUAAUUGUUGAACACUGGUGAAGUGUGAAGUAUUUACUGUAAACCUCCAAGACUGCUUCCUUGUUAUUUUCCAAUUUUAUGAUGAUUUUACCUUUCUAGUCUUUUAUUAUAUCCUUUCCUUCUUUUUUCUUUUUUUUUGGAUAAUUUUGUGAUUCAUGGUGUGCAGGAAAGCGUUAGCUAAUGCAUUGGCAGCUGCUCCAUCCAUGUGGACUCUUGGAAAUGCCGGCAUGGGGGCGUUGCAGAGACUGGCAGAAGAUAGCAACCCAGCCAUUGCUGCUGCUGCAUCCAAGACUAUUUAUGAGUUGAAGAAACAAUGGGAAAUAGAAGAGGGAGACAGCUGGAGGUUCAUGAUGAACCAAAAGCCAGUGGAAGAGGUAGACGGUCGAGAAGAGGAUGGUGCAGAGACAAGCUAAGAGCUGUCCAUAUGAACCAUACAGUAGAUAUCUAGAUGUACCCUGUAGCUUUUAGGAUAAAUACUCUGAUCACUGGAACUAAUUGGACAAAUAACUUGUAUUUUGGUUUUUUUUUUUUGGUCCAAAUGUGUUUUGUUAAUUGUUAGUAGUUCUUUUUCUGGAAAGUUGAUGGUUCGCAUGGUAGUAGGGUAAAGGGUAUAAGUUUCUGUGCUUAUUUUUGCCUAAUUCUCCUUGUGCUUUGCUGCAAUUCUGAAACAUACAACUGAUAGAUGAGAAUCCUCCAGGUUAUAUCAAUGGUUCUCUCUGCUGAGCUCAUAAACUUGACUUGAGAUAAGUUAGUUUUUUCUUUGUAGAAG